UCCCUUCUGUUUUUUCCGCCAUAGACUUUGAAAUCGCCUCCUUUUAUUCCCUUUUGCUCUGUCCUCUCAGUCUCAUGGCGGAUGUCUCUUCUCUUAGCUCUUGCCUCUCAACUUGCCUCUCUUCCGUUUAGAUUCAUAGUAUUUCAUCCCAAUCACCCCGUCGUUGCAGCGGUCUUCCUGCUUCAGGCUAUCAGCCGUUCAAUAUGGGCCUUUCAAAUUUAUUAGACGGCUCUUUAUUGGUUUCCAUGGGUUUCUUCAUUAUUUGGCGCUUCCAAUUAUAUUGGCUUUGGCUUGGUUUCAAGAUUAUGGUUGAGCUAGUGUACAACGGAAUGCUUUGUGCACCAUGAUUUCUUUGUAUAAUAACAUUCCUAAAGGUAUGAAUCUUAUUUGGAUUUUGGAAUGUCCUCUUUUUGUUUACUUGUAGCUUCUUGCAGUGCUCUUGCAAUUAAUUUUGUCUCUUUGGGUUUGUAUUCGUUUUGAGCCUUUCAGAUUUUUUUUGCAUUGCCAUUUGUUUUCAUCACACUUGCUCUGCAUAUGUGUUUGACUCCUGCAUUUUAAAAAUCCAGUUUAUAUACCUUGAUAAAAAUGAAGUCAAACAAAGUGGGUGAAAAGUAUACCUACUAUUAAAGAAUUUGGACUGCCUUUAUCUAGUUUCCAAAAUAAUAUGACCUCUUUAAACUCCUAUUGGAACCUCCAUUACCAAAUAUUAAAAGAAGGAUAUGUGUUACAUUGAAAAUAAUAAAUAAAACUCAGUUGACUCCAAACUGAUGAGAUUUGAUUUGAGCAUAUCUUGUUGUUUUUAAUUCCAUUUUAGAUGUCAUUUAUUUAGUUUCCAAGGUAAUAUGAGCUUCUGAAACUCAUAUUAAGACAUCCAUUGACAAGUAUUAAAUGAUGAGUACGUAUCACGUUAAAAUAAAACAAAAACUCUGUUAACUUCAAAUUUACAAGAUCUUGAUUUAAGCAUAUCUCAGACCUGUAUACAUAUUAAUGGAUAGUGUCACUUACUUCCAUUCAACUAAAGGAAGAAAUAUUGUCAUCAAAACUACACUUGCAUAUUUGACCCACACUUGCAUAUUUGACCCACACAGUUUACAUUUUGUAUAAUGUGAUUUAUAUACACAAUUUACAUUUUGUAUAGUCAUUGACACCAACAUUUAACUUUUGUAUCUAUAAAUAAUAUUACAUUUACAAGUUAAUCACAUGUUCUAAAAAAUUAUAAUAUCAUUUACAAUGUAUUAUAUCACAUUUACACCAAACACACAAUAUUUAUAUUAAAAUCCGCUACACAUUAUUUAUAACGGCAUUUACAUAAAAACAUAGUAUGAGUUGCACAAAAUUAUAACAUGAGUUAUAUCAAGGACUUAUGCAUGAGAAGUUACAUGAAAUUUACUCAUACUUACAUCAUUCUUACUGCAUGGGAGCAUCAGUCUCAUGAAACGCUGAUGUCACAUCAUAACAACUUCUCCAAUAUGGAGUCAUAUGUCAUGUGUGACCUCACAAUGACCAUUCAUUUGUGAGGUGUCCCAUUAUAUUUCCACUUUAUAUUUGAGUGGCAGUAAUAAAGUCACAUAUGCAAAUAUGAGUUCAUAAUGAAAUCAUAUAUGGUUCCUAAAGAUUAUAUAUGUUAAUGUUAUUGGCUUAUUGCGUGUUUGUCAUCUUCAUGUAUAUUCCAAUCGAGCCAAUAGGCUUUCUUUAGUUUUUUUAUUGUUGUUUCUCAGAAAAUGCUUAAAUUUGAGUCAUUAUUCUAUCCUCUCAUUUUUAGUUUGUGUUAUACUUCCUCCGUCCUAAAUUGUUUUGCAAAGUCAACAAUUUUUGGUCAAUCAAUUAUAAAAGUCAAUCCUCCCUAUCGAUAAUUAAUUCAAUUUUUAAUAAUUAAAAUUUACAUAUUAAAAAACUACAUUAAAAUAUCUUCAAACUUUCAAAGUUGUAAACUCCAAAUUAGAAUAUAUAAUUAAAAAUUGACAUCCUAAUUAAGCGAAUAAAAUGAAACUGUUUGACCAAGAAAAGUCAAAUUUGCAAAUCAAUUUUGGACGGAGGUAAUAUUUUUAUAACUUGAAUACUAAUUUAUUUUUUAAUACAUUUAUUUUGUUAGGCCUUAUACUACCACAUUCUCAUACUUCUCCCUCUAUUGAUUUUCAUAUUCAUGAGCACUCAACCCUUCCUUCUCCUCAUCCUUCCACAUUUCCAUACUUCUCCCUCUAUUGAUUUUCAUAUCCAUGAGCACUCUCCCAAAUAACGUCGACAACGAUAGCAUCAUACACCUAGAAUGAUUUUUUAAACAAAGAGAGCGCCAAAAAAGGUAGACCAUUUGACACAUUCCAAAGAUCAUACCAUUGCUAACUAGAAAAGGAACAAUAAGACCUAAUGGCAUCUGGCGAUACACAUUGAAACACAAAAUUAGGCAAUAAAACUAGUAUGCUAAUGUCAUGUUUUGGAAUGAUGCGACACACCAACUGCUUGAAAGGGUUGUAGGGGAUUUUAGUGAACAUCUAGACACGGAUAAUCGUAGAACAAAGAGUUGUCGUGAUGCAAUAAAUGAACUGAUUGGACAAAAGUACUUCUUCAAAAUCAACCGUGCAUAUUCAGAUCUUGAAAGUGGCGGACAGAUAUAUGCCAUAAGCAUGGUUUCAAAGAAUAGAGAAAAAAUAGAUGAGAUAAAAAAUGCAGCAGUUGAAGAAUCAAUUAGUGAGGACACAUUGAUACGGUCACGGUGCCCCACACAUUGACUACCUUAUUUUAAAAUCUAAGUCAGUUAGAGACAUCUUGCGCUGACUUGCGUGCCCGACGCAGAGAACAACUCACAGAGAAGCGACAAACCAACUUCAGAAGGCAGAAGAAGUCGCCGGCCAAGCCAACCGUCAUCACCCUGUCCGUCGUUGAUGCUUGAAGCAUACGACGAGACAGUCCAGAUACAUUGGACACCGAGAAUGAUGCAAUCGGGACUCCAAAUUCAACUUCACCUCAUCGAGAAAUAGAAAAAGAAACAUUAACUCCCAAUGGCGAUGACUCAACAAAGGAAUCGUCUAACAAGAAUUCGCACAACACAAACGGCAUAUAAAGCAAGGUUAAUCCUUACUAGGGGUGAGCAAAUAACCGCCAAAACCGAACUGAUCAGAACCAAUGAUCGAACCGACCACAAAGUUCAGUUAAUUAGAUGCAAUCAACAGGCUCAAUGGGCGAGGAACCACAAGGUCAAAAUGACCAAACACACGGAGCAGGAGUAUGACCUGCUUUUACCGCUCCAAAUGUAAGCCAAAGAAAAGAAAAGAAACACGAGUGAAGUCAAUGGUAUGGGAUCGAAAAAUUCCAAAAUGAUAUAGGCCAUCAAAAAGCUAGAUGUCAUCAUAGUGAAAAAGAGCUAUUUGCUGACUCCAAAGGAAAUGGAACCAGUGCAUUGUCAGCUCACAUACGAAGCUGUCCCGCACUUCGUGAUAAGUCCGAUCCCUCACAAACAGAAUUAGUUGUCCAACGCAUGAAUGGUGAGAUUCAUUGAGAUAUGGUAAAUAUGAUGAAACUAAGAUUAGAAGGGCUGUGUCAGAAAUGAUCAUUAUCGAUGAGUUGUCAUUUAAGUUUGUUGAAGGAAGGGGGUUUAGAAGACUCAUGCUUGCCGCUUGUCCUAGGUUUCGAGUUCCAUCACAUUGAACUAUUGUUAUGGACGGUUCAAUAUUUACUUUGAAGAGAUAAAGAAACUGUCCAAAUUGCUCCAAACCACUUGCCAUAGAGGUUCACUUACCACUAACACAUAGACAUCUUUGCAAAAAAUAAAUGAUGUGUCUCACUCGUCACUACAUUGAUAAUGAUUGGAAGUUCCAUAUAAGAAUAAUGAAUUUCUGUCCAAUAUUCAGUCAUAAGGGUGAAGAUAUCGGUAAGUCUGUUGUAAAAUGUUUGCGUGAUUGGGGAAUAGAUAACUUUUUCACAAUCAGUGGGUAAUGGGAGCUCAAAUGAUGUUGCCAUUGACUAUUUGAGAAAUAAGUGUAACAAUUUGAGGUUCAUUUUAAAUGGAAAGUUUCUUGACAUAAGGUGCAUUGAUCACAUUGUUAAUUUAGCUGUCAAAGAUGGAUUGAAAAAUGUGGAUGAAUCAGUUUAUCAUGUUAUAGGGGCAGUGAGGUUUGUGAGGCACUCACCUGCUAGGAUCGUACAGUUUAAAGAGUGUUGUUUUAGAGAAGAUAGAGUUCAAAGCAUUGUUAUGCCUAGAUGUUUUAACUAGGUGGAGCUCUACAUUUCUAGUGUUGAAUGCAGCACAAAAACUUGAGAGGGUCUUUGAGAUUUUUGAUCCCCAUUACAAUCAAGAUAUUAGUAAUAGUGAUGGCAUUGCCGUUCAUGAUGACUGGAAAAAUGUUAGAAGGUUGUCACUUCAAAAUGUUAUUUUACUGAAAUAUGUGAACUUUAUUCUGUCUCUGGUUGGGUCAAGAACACUGAUCCAAAAUUCAGCUUAAUGGCUCAACAAAUGAAGGAUAAAUUUGACAAGUACUGCUGUACUGGGGUGUUGUUGAGAAAAUGAAUAUGUUGUUGUAUGUCGCAGAAUUUUGUAUAAGUUGAAGGAUGCAUGUACAGAAUUUUGUUUUAAAAGGAUGUAUACUGAUACUCUAGCAUCUACCUUGUCUGAAAAACUGAAACUAGGAUGCUGGAUUUGUUUAAUGAAUAUAAAAGGCUGCAAGAUCCUUUAUCUUCCCCUUCACUGUAUGAAAAUUCUCAACCAACUCAAAGGGGAGUGAGGAUUUAUCCUUAGAAUGUCAGGGUAUAAUUCAUGGGAGUGGUGAAUGAAUUACCAAGUGUUCACUAUUGAUACAAUUACCAAGUCUUCACUACCAUCAUAAGGAUUUGGGUAGUACUUUCACAUUACCAAAUUCUCAACCAACAUUCCUCUUCACUUUACCAAGGCUGCUUACAUCUCCCUCCACAAGGAUCCGGGUAGUACUCAUAUCUAGCUUAAACACCAGUUCCUUGCUUCCUUGGCAGAUUCUCAUACAUUAUUCCCUCCAGGUGCCCUUUUAGUAAAUGAGACAACACCACUAAUGAUCAUCUCUUCUAUCUUUGCCCCUUCUCUUCUCAGGUUUGGAGGCAUUAUCCUUUUUAAUUUCUUGGUAGUUGGAGGCUGAUGGGGGAAGUUAAGAACGUCUGUAUGCGAUGGUUGGUAGCUGCAAACACAUACUCUCUUGAUGGUUAUUUUCGUACUCUCUUGAUGGUUAGAGAUGGUUUGUACAUUGCUCUGCUCUCAACUUAAUGCUUGAAGAAUCAUUUCUGGUGUUCAAAAUUAUUCGUUAUGCUGGUGCCUUUCUCAAGAAUGGAAGAAGGUGGUUGACAAGGCUGCAUUACUAUUGCCAGGGGAUCUUUUACCAUCUUAUUUCAACCGAAAACGACCAACGACGUUCAAAUGGAAACAUGCUUGUUCGCAUAUGAAACUGAAUCUGGCCAUGUAUAAGAGGAAGUUUGCUGAUUUUCAAGUGGGAAAGCCUAUGUUGUUGGGUCCUUUAUUCUGCCACAAUAAACUGAUUUUCACCUUCACCUCUACGCCAUGCAACUAUGCAAGAGCUAAUUAAUUGGUGCACUACAAACGGGUUUAUUGCAUUGAAAUUGAUACUUCUUUGGAGACCUUGGUCAAUCAAAUUUAUCAUCUUUCGUAUGUUCAAGACAAUCAUGCAUGCUCAUGCAAAAUUAUGAAGGUUUUUUUCAUCCCAAAAUUUUCCAUUUAAGUUGUGUUUUUGCUUACGUAGUUACAUCCCGAUGGUGUCCAAUCCCACACCCACCACACGUACAUCAUCAAAUAUCUUCCUAGUCACAUUAACUGAUCAAUUGAAU